AUGGGCAUCAUCCGCAAGGCCAGCCUUGGGGUAACACUCGGCACGGCGGCAGCACUAGGCUACGUCCGCCUGUCGACAAGCAUCAUUGCGCCAAUUCCGCUCAACGACGCGCUGUACAGCUCCAGCACGUUCAAGAAGUACAAUCUGCAUCGGAAUGCCGCCACCAACGAUGUCUGCGUCAAGACGAUCCCCCUGAACCGCAUACGCCCGGAACUGCUGCAGAAGGAGGGCGAUUUGGCCCUCGAGUUUUGCCGCGCCGUCUGGAAAGGCUGGGGCUACUCGAUCCAGCGACGAUACCUUCAUCGCAAGUACUUUGGCACCGACACAUCUUCACACCUAUGGACACCAGACCAGAUCGCCGCCUCAAACUUUGAGCCUGGCACCAUCUUAACGGACCAUUUUGAGGUUGUCGAGCGCACGCCGACUGAGAUCACGGUUCGCUGCGGUGACUCUCCCCGAAAUCAGGGUCCGCGGGCUUCAGAUGGUCUUUUUGCCAUCGGCGCCACUAUCGACAAGGAGGCUCAAGUGGCGCGUUUGACACUCAAGAGCUGUUUCUUCCCUAGUGAUCGCAAGGUUGAGGGCGACAAGGGACCAAUGCCCGGAUGGAUUGAAAAUCUGCACCAGUGGUACGCGCGCAUCCUGAUGGUCAGCGCAGCCCGCUCUUUGACGCGAUGA